AUGCGGCACAGUAGAUCUGAACCACGUGACUUUAUCGAUGCCAAGAUUUCGCCCGCAAAGACGAUUUUUCUAAUCAUCAACGCCAUCUCAGCAGAGAGAGAUCAUCAACCCAUUCCAGCUGACGGUACAUUUCGUUCAGCAUGGUAUAUCGAACGCUGGCAGAAGCAGCACGGGAAGCGCCUCGACCACGAGGAACGCACCCGAAAGCGCAUCGCCCGUGAAUCCCACAAGCAAUCUCAGGAUGCCCAGAAUCUCCGCGGAUUGAGAGCUAAGCUCUACCAGCAGAAGCGCCAUGCAGAGAAGAUCCAGAUGAAGAAGCGCAUCCGUGCGCAGGAGGAGAAGAACGUCAAAUCGUCUGCUCCGGAGGAACCUUCGUCUACGCCACUGCCCAACUACCUGCUCGACCGUUCUCAGGCUACCAAUGCCAAGGCUUUGUCGAGUGCGAUUAAGGAGAAGCGAAAUGAGAAGGCUGCCAAGUUUGCGGUGCCCCUGCCUAAGGUCAAGGGUAUCAGUGAGGAGGAGAUGUUCAAGGUCGUCACUACCGGAAAGAAGACGCACAAGAAGUCCUGGAAGCGUAUGAUCACGAAGCCGACUUUCGUUGGUAACGACUUCACUCGUCGCCCCGUCAAGUACGAGCGCUUCAUCCGACCUAUGGGUCUGCGAUACAAGAAGGCCAAUGUGACCCACCCGGAACUGGGAGUUACGGUUCAGCUGCCGAUCAUCUCCGUCAAGAAGAACCCGCAGAGCCCUAUGUACACCCAGCUCGGAGUCUUGACGAAGGGUACCAUCAUCGAGGUCAACGUCUCCGAACUGGGACUCGUGACGGCAGGUGGAAAGGUCGUUUGGGGAAAGCUGGCCCAGAUUUCCAACAACCCCGAUAUGGACGGUACCGUGAACGCAGUCCUUUUGGUCUAAACGAUCACCGUGUCCUCACCGACGACUUUUCCCCUUUGAUACCAACUCACCGAAAGAACCUACGUUUCUAUCGUUUUUCAGUGCACAUUUUGAUUGGGUUUCGAAUAUCAUGGCUGGCGUUCGUGGCGACAAAUGGCAUUCAACGAAAAGUGGAAGACUAUUUACUUAGAGCACUUAUAUUCCUGUCUGCUGAGAAAUGUAGACGGGUAUCUCGAUAGCAAUGAGACUCAGGCGGUAUUGCCAUGUCUUCUUGGAUUUAUAUUUCUAGUAGCCCUUGGACUCUUUGAAAAAUGCAUAGCAGAAAGUACAACAUUGACAAACGCAGCUCCAAUUGAACAUUAACUUGGGAAAUGGAUCAACCGCCAU